AUGUCCAGGCGUCUCAAGAUUAGCCGCUCCAACCGCGCCUCCAACCGCCCCACUUUCCCCGCGCUACAACCCGAUCCCGAGCCUCGCACUCGCAGCGUUCCACUCCGGGCUCCAACAGCACGCAGCCGCAAUUCUGGUCUGCUCGCCGUCCGACCCUGGCUAGCGGGUGUUCACGUCAGCUUCAUCUUGAUGGACAAGGUCUCCGCUCCGGCUUUGGAGCCAUGCACGUGGCGGAGCGAUAACACCACUGCCGAGGAAUACCCAGCUGAGAGGCAAGACAGCAUGGCUGGCAUCGAGCAACAGGGCUUCACGGCCUCGCAGCCGCGCUUCCGGCCGCAGGCCCUGCGCAAAGUCCUCAUCGCCAACCGUGGUGAGAUUGCGCUUCGUCUGAUCCGGACAUGCAAGGCGCUGGGUCUGGCGACAGUUUCGGUGCACACGCACGACGAUGCCGCUGCGCCGCACGCAAGUGCAGCCGACGAGACCUUCCUACUCGAAGGCAAAGAAUCCGACGGCAAGGGCUACCUCGACCAGGCCGCGAUGAUCGACAUCUGCAAGCGCACCGGCGCCAACUGCAUCCUGCCCGGCUACGGCUUCGUAUCAGAGAACCCAGGUUUCGCAAAGCUCGUCGAGUCCACGCCGGGACUCAUCUUUGCCGGCCCGCGCAGCGAGACGAUCAACUCGUUCGGCCUCAAGCACCAGGCGCGUGCGCUGGCCGAAGGCGCCGGUGUCCCCUGCGUGCCUGGUACCGGCCUGCUCAACAGCGCCGACGAAGCACUGCAGGCGGCAGAGAAGAUCACCUACCCCGUCAUCCUCAAGAGCACCGCAGGCGGCGGUGGACUCGGUCUGCAGGUGUGUCGCAGCGCCGACGAGCUCACAGGCGCGUUCGACAAGAUCACCUCGCGCGGCAAGGCGCUCUUCGGCGACGCUUCCGUCUUCCUCGAAAAGUACGUCGAGAAGGGAAGGCAUGUCGAGGUGCAGGUGUUUGGCAAUGGCCAAGGCCAGGCGAUCCACUUUGGCGAGCGAGAGUGCAGCAUCCAGCGCCGCCACCAAAAGGUGAUCGAGGAAUGCCCGUCGCCGUUUGUGCACAAGACGGCCGGGCUGCGCGAAAAGGUGACGUCGUGUGCGGUCGCGCUCGCCGAGUCGGCCAAGUACCGCAGCGCCGGCACCGUCGAGAUGCUCGUCGACGACGACACGGCCAGCUUCUACUUUCUCGAGGUCAAUGCGAGGCUGCAGGUGGAGCACUGCGUCACGGAGCUGUGCUACGAUGUUGACCUGGUCGCACUCAUGCUCCUCCAGGCCGACACCGAGCUCGCGGGCCAAGGCGGUAUCCCAGCCGAGACGCUGCGCUCGUUCCAGAAGGAGGGGCCCAAGGGCGCAGCGAUCGAGGCGCGUCUGUAUGCCGAGAACCCGAUCCGUGACUAUGCUCCCACGCCCGGUCUGCUGCAGCACGUCGAGUAUGCAACGGACCAGGUGCGAAAUGCACGCAUCGACGGCUGGGUUGCCAGCGGUACCACCGUGUCGGCAUCGUACGAUCCCAUGCUCUCCAAGAUGUGCGUGUGGGCCGAGUCGCGCGAGGCGGCCAUCCGCGACGCACGCACGCUGCUCGGCAGCUCCAAGGUGCAGGGCACGCCGACGAACCUGGGCCUGCUGCGCGCGAUUGUCGAGUCGGAGCUGUUUGCGCAGGGUGCAACGCUCACCUCGUUCCUCACGCCCGCCUCGGGAUUCCGCUACCGCCCGUGCGCCAUCGAGGUCAUCACGGGCGGCAUCAGCACUACAGUCCAGGACCAGCACGGCCGCAAGGGUGUCGGACACGGCGUACCCGAGGCCGGCGCCAUGGAUCCGCUCUCGCUCCAGAUCGCCAACCUGCUCGUCGGCAACCCGCCUGCAACCGAGGCGCUCGAAAUCACCCUGGCCGGACCCGAGCUUCUCUUCCACGCCCCGGCCGUCGUGGCGCUCGCCGGCGCCGAGAUGGAGAUGUCGCUCGACGGUAAGCCUGUCGAUGCGUACACGCGCUUUGUGGUGCCCGCUGGCGGCAAGCUCAAGAUCACCAAGGUCGCGCAGGGCGCAGCGGGAUGCCGCUCGUAUCUGGGCAUUCGCGGUGGGCUGCCCGAGGUGCCAGUGUACCUCAACUCCAAGUCAACCUGCCCGUCGCUCGGAUUUGGAGGCUACCAGGGCCGCGCGCUGCUGGCUGGUGACACGCUCGAGCUCGACGCGGCCGCGAGCGAGGUGGCUGCGAGCGGCCAGGUGGCGAGCUACUCGCUGCCCAAGGCGGCUCGACUGAGCCGGCUGUUCGACGAGAGCAACGGCGACAAGGGUUGGCCGUUGCUGUGCAUGACCGGACCGUUUGACGACGACGGAUUCCUGACGGCCGAGGAUCGGCAGAAGCUGUACGGCGGGUCGUGGAAGGUGUCGCACCAGGCGAGUCGCACGGGCAUCCGGCUCGAGGGCGCGCGCUACAAGUGGGCGCGCAAAGACGGCGGCGAGGGCGGCUCGCAUCCGAGCAACGUGCUCGAGUUUGGCUACUCGUCGCGCGGCAUCAACAUGAACGGCGACGUGCCCGUCAUCCUCGGCCGCGACGGACCGGAUCUGGGCGGCCUGCUCAUCUCCAACACGGUCGUGGCGAGCGAGUGGCGCGAUGGACAGAUGAAGCCGAGCGACACGCUGCACUUUGUGGCGGUGACGUAUGCGCAGGCGCAGGAGGUGGCGCGUCGCAUCGCUCGCUACCUCUCGCAGGUGCACAAGGCUGUCGAGACGCAGUGCAGCGAGGGUGUCGAGCCGCUCGAGAUGGCGGUCGAUGCACCGGUGUAUGCGCAGGCCGACUAUGGUGCGUCCAAGUCGAUUCUCGCGAGCAUCGACGAGGUGGCGGGCGAGCGACCCAAGGUGCAGAUCCGGUCGGCAGGCGACCGAUUCGUGGUCAUGGAAUACGGCGACAUGACGGCGGACAUCAUCAACCGGUGCCGCAUCGAGUUGCUCGUGCGCGAGCUGACCAAGACUAAGGCGAGCCGCGGGAUUGUGGAUCUCAAUCCGAACCUGCGCAGUGUGACGAUCCAGAUCGAUCCGACCAAGGUGGAUGAUCUGGAGGCGCUUGUCAAGUGGCUGGUGGAGAUCGAGACGCAGAUCCCGUCGGCACGCGAGGUCAAGAUCCCGACGCGCGAGUUUACGCUGCCCGUGACGUUUGAGGAUCCGGAGGUGAAGCUGUCCAUCCAAAAAUACAUGGAGACGGUGCGGUCCAAGGCGGUGUAUCUGCCGGACAACUGCGAGUACCUCGCCGAGGCUAAUGGAUACGCCAGCACGCGCGAGGUGGAAGAAGCCGUGGUGGGAUGUCGCCAGCUUGCGGUGGCGGUGGGCUUUUUCAUGGGUACGCCCAUCCUGCUCCCGCUCGACCCGCGCAAGCGCAUGCGGUGUCAGAAGUACAACCCCACGCGACUGACCACGCCCGCCGGCGCACUCGGUCACGGCGGCAGCUGUUUUGCCAUCUAUCCGGUGAGCUGUCCCGGAGGCUAUGCUCUGCUGGGACGAACGCUGCCUUGCUGGUCGACGUUCGGCGACAAGCCCGGAUUCCAACCGACGCAGCCAUAUCUGUUUGAGAACUUUGAUACGAUCCAGUUCGAAAAGGUGGAUCAGGCGACGUACGAUCAGGCGCUGCGCGAGUUUGAUGCGGGCACGUACAGGUGGAAGGUGCGCGAGACGGUGUUCGAUGUUGCCGAGCAGUCGGCGUUUUUGGCGUCGAUUCAGGAGGAAACCGAGGCGUUCCGAAAGCAGCAGGCCGUGUCGCUGCAAAAGGCCGAGCAGAAGGAGGAGAAGCUGUUUGCAGAGUGGCAGCACGAAGUCGAAGAGGCCGCCAAGCGGAAAGCUGCAGGACAGACUGAUUACGACGCUGCAACACUCGAGGAUUUCGCAAACGAUGAGAGUGCGAUCCCAAUCACGUCGGGACUGGCAGCCAAUGUGUGGAAGGUGCUGGUCAAGAAGGGCGACAAGGUGGAGCCGGGUCAAAAGGUGGCGAUCCUCGAGGCGAUGAAGAUGGAAAUCGACGUCCUGGCACCCGAGGGCGCAACGUCGAUCAAGGCCAUCCUCAAGCCGCCCGGCAGCAGCGUCAAUCCGGGCGAUGCGAUCCUCGUCGCCGGUUCGUAG